ACGCCGUUUUGUCUGUACGCUUUCCGUGGGCUUAUUCUUCACUCAUCCAUUAUCGGCUUGAUGAAGCUUGUGCGCCUUCCAAGUUGAUCGCCUGUACAGUAAAGUCAGGAAGCUGAUUUGAAUUCAAGAUAGCUAUGUCGACCACGAAAAUAUAUGUUGUGUACUAUUCCUUACAUGGCCAUGUUGGAACCAUGGCGAGGAGAAUUCAACAGGGAGCUAAUUCAGUUCAAGGUGUAGAAGCCACUCUGUGGCAGGUGCCCGAGACGUUGUCCGAUGUGGUACUGAACAAGAUAAAAGCUCCUCCAAAAGAAGUUGAUGUGCAAGAGAUCAAGCCGGAACAAUUGCUGGAGGCAGAUGGGUUUCUCUUCGGAUUUCCAUCUCGAUUCGGUGUCAUGGCUGCUCAAUUCAAGGCAUUCUUUGAUGCAACAGGUGAGAUAUGGCAGUCCCAAGCACUUGCUGGUAAACCUGCUGGAAUUUUCUGGAGUACUGGUUUCCAUGGUGGAGGCCAGGAGCUUACAGCAUUGACCGCGAUAACACAACUAGCACAUCAUGGGAUGAUAUUUGUGCCUCUUGGAUACACAUUUGGGAGUGGGAUGAUGGUGAUGAAUGAAGUGAAGGGUGGCUCUCCCUAUGGCGCUGGAACUUUUGCAGCCGAUGGAACCCGACAGCCCACGGAGCUCGAGCUCGAGCAAGCCUUUUACCAAGUUACGGCACGCUCGCAUGGAGUUCCAGGAUCGAUCGAGAAAUCAUUUGGUAUCCUCGGCGAAACUGUACGCUAGGGCACACUACAGUUUACGAAUUACUUUACAACACAAAAAAUCUGCUACGGCUCCCCCGUAAUUAUCAUUUCCUAGCAGCACGUCGAGAAUUCCGCCUGGAAGUCGGUGAAACGAUGAAUUGCGUUGCCACUCGAAAUUGAUUAUUACAGUAAACAUAACAUGUGGAGGAUGCAAUCAAGAAACCAGAUUUAGCCUUGAAUUUUGCACAGUUGAUCGUGAAAACUGGACAAAUGGAAUCAACUUCAGGCUAAAACCAAGGUAUCGAAACCCUAACCUA